AUGGGCCGCGGGAGCGCCUCUCGUAGCCGCUCCGGAAGGCGGGCGAAGAGGAGCCGAUCAAGGGCGCGCAAAGAGAACCGCAGCCGGUCGAAGAAUCGCAGGUCCAAAUCUCGAGAUCGUAGAAGAGCUUCCUCCGAGAGCGCUUCGCCCCGCAAGCGAACACCCUCUCCGAAGCGGCGCGCAGCAGCGUCGAGGUCCAAAUCUCGACGAGCAACUCGGAAGCAGCAGAGAUCAAAGACACCAGAGCGGGUGCCGCCCACCAGCUUUGCAGAUUAUGAACCUGCUCCUGAUGGAAGCGGCUGGUACGUCUACAAGAAGACUAGCAAAUGGAAAUUCCAUCCCGAGACUGGACUCUACCUCCACAUCAAGAGUGGAGUAUAUUACAUACAGAAGGAGGGCGACCCGAAGAACUUUCGGAAGAUCGACGACGACGAUGACCCCAUCGUCCGGAAGAUGAAGCAGUCGGAGGAGAUGCGGAGGGCCAUCCAGUCCACCGAGUUCGUCCACUUCGGGGAAGGGGCUGCCGCGGCCGCGGCCCCCCCCAGGGCAAUCCGGGAAGAUGGCGUCCCCGCUGCUCCCGUAGAAAUUGCACCAGCGCCGCGGCCUCCGGAGAAGGAGAAACCGGAGGGAGAACCCGACAAGAAGAUCGAAGGGAGGGUGCGCCAUGGGAAUCGGGCCUUGGGGCUCCUAAGGGACAGGCAGCGCCAAGACUUGAGAAGGGCAUUGGGUUUCUGGAAGAGCCUGGGAAAGCCAUACUUGGUGGUGGUUUCGGGGUUUUAA